CUCUCUGUGAGCUGUCAGGCUUCAGAAGCUCGGUCAGCCCAGUCAAUAGCUUCCUGCUACAAGAAGGGAAUGAGUGCUUUACUCUGCCCAGGGCUUGAAAAGCUGUUGCUCGCCACUGCCCGCCCAUAGCCAUGACGCACUUCCUGUAUUUGGCCCCAGAAAUCCUGCUUCCCUUUAGCCCUCUCUCUUCUACAGAGUUUGAGCUGAUCAGACGCAAGUCCCGAGAACUGUGGCAGGAUGAGAGGCGGUGGUCUGCUUCUUCAGUGACAACCUACUCUGGGAGUUACCGGAAAAAGCAACUGGAUGAGGCCACCUGCAACCGGCUGGCCCAGAGAGUAGGCCAGCCACAGUUUGAAUACAAACCAACACCAUUGCCAGGCAACUCUGCCUACAACCGUCUACCCGGCAAGGCUGGUUCCCAGGAGGCCACAGAUGGCAAAGGAAAACUCCCUGAUAUAACAAGCCCCUCCCAGGACAGCUCACUGAACAUCAAGCAUAAAGUGGCACACCAGGUUUGGGGUUCUGAAGCCCCUUGUCCAUCAUUUCUAGCUUACAGAAGUCCCCGCAUGUCCCCCUGUAUGCGGCCCAAAAAGCCAGGCUUUGAGCUCCUCAUGAGUUACAGGAACAGAGGGAAGAACCUGCUGAAACAACUUCAGCGACAAUGGGAUUAUGAAAACAAGUUUGCCUCCUCGGAGGACUCAGAGACGGAUCGAUUCUCCUCCAAUACCAGUGGAAGCCCAGGGCGGAAAUUCAAGUGAUUUCAAGAAAGAAGCCACAGACCUAGGACCCUAGUUUCUGUGUUAACCCAUUGAGACAGGACUUCCAAGGAGGCCUUGGUGGGGUGUGCACAUAGGGAAGACCUUGUAAGACACUUCCCUGGGCUUCAUCCCUCGUUCUUGACUGUGUGUGCGCAUGUGCGUGUGUGUUGAUGAGGAAGGGGGUUUGUCACAAACAUGAUUAAUGUUCCUUUA